ACUGAGAAUUAAUCGGAAAAUAGCUGGUCAAACCUUACUCUCAAUCUCAUUCUUAACCACAUUUAACCCUUCUUCUUUAGCAAGCAAAGUUGAUUUUAACAACCUAACAAGCGUUCCUGCUUUAAAUGUUGUUGCAAAAAUGAUUGGAGAUGAUUGGAAAGAUUUGGGUAAAGGGCUUGGAAUAUCACAAAGUGAUAAUGCGGCAGAAACAACUGAAAGCAAAAUGAAGGAAUGUUUUGAACAAACCAAAAACCGCGUUUAUUGGAAAGAAUUAAAGUAUGAACUUGAGAUGUUGCGACGACAAGAUAUCAUUAAUGAAAUCACUUCAAAAACUUUGUUUACAUAUGGGUUAAAAGAAUAUUCCAAUAAGUUAAGGGACCAUUACAAGAAAACGCUAUCACAUUGGAAUAUUCCCUCUGCAUUUAAGUCAGAUUUUGGAAGAGAACACACAACAAAAGAUCGCAAGGAAGCUUAUGUUGAUUUGGUAGUAGGUUCCAGGUAUGGAACAUAUCCCAGUGAUCAUGAACAUUUUCUAAAAACACAUUCUGCUUCAAAAAAAAAGAUAGAAAUAAAGGAUAUUGUGAAAGAAAGCGAUGGAUGCGUUUUAAUUAGAGGUAUUGCUGGCAUUGGGAAGACAUCACUUAUUGAUCAACUUGUUUUUCAGUGGGCAGAUGGUAAAAUGUUGAAUGAUUUCGAUUUUGUUUUCAAAUUUACAUGUCGUCAAAUAAACACAAUAACCAAUACUUUCACAUGGGAAGAACUUGUCAAAAGAUUUUUCCCCAAUGUUUAUCAAGAUUUCUUUAAUGAGUUGCUUGAAAAUAGUAGAAGAGUUUUAAUAAUCGUAGACGGUAUUGACGAAUUUCGAUACCUUGAUGAUAUCAAAGAAAUUGCUGCGGGGAAUCCUAUGCACGAACUUGGAUCUAUCAUGCACGAUAUCAUAUUAGAAAGGUCGUCACUACUGCCUAAUAGCAAGGUGCUUGUAUGCGGUCGACCGCAAGCAUGUGAUAUAAUCAAAAAUUUAUUUCUGACAAGUCAGCAACCAAAAUUGAUAGAAGUUUCUGGUUUUGAUGAAAACAGCAUCGGUAUUUACGUCAAAAAGUUUUUUGAAAACAACACAGAAAAGAUUAAAUCAUUGCAUGUAUCACUUAAUGAAAUCUCAAAUCUUAAGGCGAUGGCUCACAUACCCGUUUAUUUGCAUAUCAUAUGCAAUGUGUACGCAUCUGAAAAGAAACUCGAGGAUCUUAACACAACUACAAAAUUAAACAUCGCAGCCUGUUUGGUAUUUUUGCGUGAUCAUAUGAGGGAAUUUAAAGGUAAGAACUAUUCUCUAGCCAAAUUAUCACAAGACCAAAAUAUACAACAAAUGGUUAGAAAAGCAUCACAAUUUGCUUAUAAAUCGCUUCAAGAAAAAAGAAUAUUUUUCACCCAAGAUGAGUUUGAAAAUGAAUGUAGCGACUGUUUAACAGCUAUCGAACAAUCAGGUAUUAUCGAGAAAGUAGAAGGUAAUGAUGAUGGAGACUUUUUUCAGUUUAAACAUUUAAUUUUACAGGAAUUCUUAAGCUCUGUCCAUAUCUUUCAUGCUGCAAUAGAUAUAAAGGUAUGCAUUUCAGAAUAUGAGAAUAUGCGUAAUUGCCUUCCAUUGGUUGCUGGAUUGCGUGGAAUACUUGAGGAUACCUAUCACGGCCCCAAUUAUAUUAAACGGUUUGUUGAAGAUAUUAGAGGACCACGUGAUCUUGGUUCCGUGAAAUGCUUGUUCAAAGCUAUAGGUCAUGAAUUAUAUUUACAGACAUUUUUUGAAUAUCAUGAUGAUAACGUUGAUGAUGUAGUAAAAGAAUAUUUUUUCAGUAUGGGUGAUUUUGUAUUUGUUCGCUACCAUCAUCUUUUAAAUCAAUUGAUAUAUUUUUUAAAAACAAUUAAAGAAGUAGUACCAAAAAAACUAACACUUAGUAUUGAGAUGUUGGAUGGUAAGUUAUUACCGAAUGAAAUGGUUGAAUUGUCACCACUACUCAGUUCUUCUGUUGCUACUACUGAGCAUCUUGAAAUCCUUGGCACACAUUUAACCAUCGACGAUAUUUCUUCGAUAUCAACAGACACAAUCAAGCUAGAAAAAAUAACUUUAGGGUAUUGCGAAUUAACCGAUGAUCAUAUCAAACAAUUACAAUCAUGUAUACCUUAUUUAAAAAGUUUGUAUCUUAUUGACAACUACACUCUGACUGCGACCUCAAUGGAACGCAUAUCGAACUGUGUUAUAGAAGCAGUUAAUAAAGAUACUAACAAGCUUAAAGAAUUUAAGUUAAGUUAUUGCGACUUAACAGAUGAUCAUAUCAAACAUCUGCAACCGUGUAUACCAUAUUUGAAAAGUUUGGAUCUGUCUGAAAACAAUACUAUGACGCCGACCUCAAUGGAAUGCAUAUCGGAAUGUGUUACACAAGCGAUUAAUAAAAAUACCAACAAGCUAGAAGAAUUGGAUUUAAUGAGUUGCAAAUUAACUGAUGAUCAUAUCAAACAAUUGCAACCGUGCAUAUUUUCUUUGAAAUGUUUGGGUCUGAAUUUAAACUAUACUCUGACGUCGACCUCAAUGGGAUACAUAUCGAAAUGUGUUACAGAAGCGGCUAAUAGAAAUACUAACAAGCUAGAAGAGUUGAAGUUAAGUUAUUGCGAAUUAACCGAUGAUCAUAUCAAACAUUUGCAACCCUGCAUACCAUAUUUGAGAAGUUUGGAUCUUAGUUCCAACUUUACUUUGACGCCGACAUCGAUGGAAUGCAUAUCGAAAUGUGUCAUUGAAGCAUUUAAUAAAAACACUAACAAGCUAGAAGAAUUGAAGUUAAGUGAUUGCCACUUAACCGAUGAUCAUAUCAAACAUUUGCAACCCUGCAUACCUUAUUUGAGAAGUUUGGAUCUUAGUUCCAACUUUACUUUGACGCCGACAUCGAUGGAAUGCAUAUCGAAAUGUGUCAUUGAAGCAUUUAAUAAAAACACUAACAAGCUAGAAGAAUUGAAGUUAGGUAAUUGCCACUUAACCGAUGAUCAUAUCAAACAUUUGCAACCCUGCAUACCAUAUUUGAAAAGUUUGGAUCUUAGUUUCAACUCUACUUUGACGCCGACUUCAAUGGAAUGCAUAUCGAAAUGUGUCAUUGAAGCAUUUAAUAAAAACACUAACAAGCUAGAAGAAUUGAAGUUAAGUAAUUGCUACUUAACCGAUGAUCAUAUCAAACAUUUGCAACCCUGCAUACCAUAUUUGAAAAGUUUGGAUCUUAGUUUAGACUUUACUUUGACGCCGACUUCAAUGGAAUGCAUAUCGGAAUGUGUUACAGAAGCGAUUAAUAAAAAUACCAACAAGCUAGAAGAGUUGAAGUUAAGUUAUUGCCACUUAACCGAUGAUCAUAUCAAACAUUUGCAACCCUGCAUACCAUAUUUGAAAAGUUUGAAUCUUAGUGAAAACUUUACUUUGACGCCGACAUCGAUGGAAUGCAUAUCGAAAUGUGUUACAGAAGCAUUUAAUAAAAACACUAACAAGCUAGAAGAAUUGAAUUUAAGUCAUUGCAACUUGAACGGGGAUCAUAUCAAACAUCUGCAACUGUAUAUACCUUAUUUGAAAAUUCUGAAUCUUAGGUACAAUCAAACAUGACGUAAAACUCAAUGGAUGCAUGCCGCAAAAAUUUAUUAAAGAAACUUUCAAGAAACAUACUAAAACUGCUAGACUUUUGAAAAUGGACAUAACAGAUGAUCAUACCAAGGAAUUGCUACAUUGUAAACCGUAUUUGAAAAGUUUGAGUUUAUCUUACAUACUUAUAACAUCGACCUCAGCGAAACUUGUUAAACAACCUCAGUGGAACCUGUUAAAAAAGCGCCUAACAAUAAGCACUUACAAGUCAGAAGAAUGUAAAAAGGAUAUGAUAUAAAUUGUGUAAAGUUUUAAUUCUGAAUAAAAUUUAUUUCUUAUAUUACCUAUACA